CUGGCACAUGAGCACACCUCUGCAUUUCAAUUGGAUUUUACGAAGGAGCACAAUUGCAGAAAAAGAGAGAGAGACAGAGAGAGAGAGAGAGAGAGACCUUUUCAUCCUCAUCUCUUCUUCACACUCUCACUCUCCCCGAACAACACUUUGGAUUUCUUAGUUGAGGUGGUGCGCAGGAUAAGCAGGGAGGUGCGUAGGAUAAGCAGGUUGCUGAGUUCUUGGUCCGGGCUUGGAGAGCUGCUGCACAUUGGUGUAGCUAUUGCCGUUUCAGCUCGUGUCUGAAAUUGGGUUCGGCUUAGUCUAGCUGGUGGAGGGUUUCCGGGAGGAUGGCGCAUUUUAGCGGUGGACAGUGGGGGACGAAGAGGAGGAUGCUCGGAGUAGCUCUGUUCUUGCUCUGCUUCUAUGGCGGCCUAAUCUCGCUAUCUUGCGCCGCCAGGCUAACGGCCUCUAGGAAGCAUGCCGAGCUUAAGAAGCACUUGAAAAGGCUUAACAAAGAUGCCGUCAAAACCAUUGAGAGCCCAGAUGGAGAUAUCAUUGAUUGUGUACACAUCUCCAAACAGAGAGCUUUCGAUCACCCGUUUCUCAAAGACCAUGAAAUCCAGAUGAGGCCAAGCUACCACCCGGAGGGUCUGUAUGAUGUAAACGAGGAGUCGACGGGGCCUAAAGAAAGAACAAACCCGAUCACUCAGUUGUGGCAUAUGAACGGGAGGUGCCCCGAGGAUACUAUCCCUGUAAGGAGGACAAAGGAAGAUGACGUGUUAAGGGCGAGCUCGGUGAAGAGGUACGGGAAGAAGAAGCACACGAGCUUAGCUAAGCCCCGAGGUACAGAUCCCGACCUCGUGAAUGAAAGUGGUCAUCAGCACGCGAUAGCAUAUGUCGAGGGCGACAAGUAUUACGGGGCGAAGGCUACAAUUAAUGUUUGGGAACCCAAGAUUCAGCAACCUAACGAGUUCAGCUUGUCGCAGCUCUGGAUACUAGGUGGUUCGUUUGGCGAGGACCUUAACAGCAUUGAAGCUGGGUGGCAGGUUAGCCCAGACCUUUACGGUGACAAUAACACGAGACUGUUCACUUACUGGACUAGCGAUGCAUAUCAGGCCACGGGUUGCUACAACCUACUUUGUUCGGGGUUCAUUCAGAUCAACAGCGAAAUAGCAAUGGGUGCUAGCAUUUCCCCGGUCUCAGCUUUCAGAAACUCCCAGUACGAUAUCAAUAUUCUUAUAUGGAAGGAUCCAAAACAGGGAAAUUGGUGGAUGCAGUUCGGGAAUGACUAUGUUUUGGGCUACUGGCCGUCGUUCUUGUUCUCGUACUUGGGGGAGAGUGCAUCGAUGAUUGAAUGGGGCGGGGAGGUGGUGAACUCGAGGCCCGACGGGCAGCACACCUCCACCCAAAUGGGCAGCGGUCAUUUCCCGGAAGAAGGGUUUGGCAAGGCGAGCUAUUUUAGGAACAUCCAAGUUGUCGACAGCUCCAACAACCUUAAGUCCCCCAAAGGUCUAGGCACCUUCACUGACCAAUCCAACUGCUAUGAUGUCCAGACAGGCAACAAUGGAGAUUGGGGCCAUUUCUUCUACUACGGAGGCCCCGGGAGAAACCCUAAUUGCCAAUGAAGCUCUUACAAAUCCCUCCUAACUGUGUAUCAUUCAAUAUUUAAGUGUAGUCUAGCUAGUGCAGUAGUGCCUGCUCUCUAUCCUCUUGUAUACCUCUUUUUUAUACUUUUUUUUUUUUUUUUUUUUUGGUUCUUAGGAUUGAGUUGAUUAGUAGUAAAUGUGAACUGUUAUAUAGUCAGAAGCUUUGGCCUUUUUGAGAGUUCUCCUUGUAAGUGAAUGGGGAAAUGUGGUCAAGUUUCAUAAUUGGCUAAAUAUGCUGCCCUUGAUCAUUUUUCCUUGUAUUUUUCUGUUUUUUAGUGAACUAUUUUGGAGUAUAUAUAGUUCCUUUCUAUGUAA